UUGUGUUGUGCUGCCGCUAAUCUUCGCACUUGUUUGCUUGUAUUACAUUGUUGUAAUUAGUGUUUCUUCUUUUGACACACUUGACCAUAACAUGUCGACAUACAGUUGAGUCAUUUAUUACGGUUCCAGUUAUCCAAGAGAACGAUAAGCGAAUAUAAAAAGAAAGGGGAGAAGGGGGAGAGUACAAAGGAGACGUCGAGGCAGACGUUUGGAUGUGGAGCUGAAGAGAUGAGCAACAAAGACAUACAAAGUCCGAAGAGGUCUAGAGAAACAAAUACCAGUAUGGGAGAAAAUGCUACGACAAGGGUAAAGAAAGUUCUGCCAUGUUUAUCUACUACCGCUUGAUCCACUGAUAAACUGCCGGUAAAGUAUGGAUAAGUAAAGGCUUACGUAGGUCUGCGGACAUAGACGGCGGUGCGAGAUAUUAAUUACGCCACAAACUUGUUCUGUAAAAGCGCCGCCUCAACGCUAGUCCGCGCUGUGUCUUUUUUUUUUUUUUUUUUUUGCCAGUCAGGUUAAUUUUUGUUUCUUCUUCCUGCUUCACUUUCAACAAAAGUGGUGACUAAAAUCUUUGCAGAGAAUUUGUAGAAGAUUCAACAAUCAAUUCGAAAAUUGUGGAGACGGAGAAGCAGCCAGAUAUACUAAAGCAGAAACACCAAACUGACACAGAAGCCUAAACCGUCUAUAAAGUCCAAAGCAGAGUUUGCUGUCAACAUCGCAAUGACUACAGAAGUGUUCUCCAUGAUGGAGCCACAGGACCACACUGCCUUCUCCUUCAUUAAGGCCCUGGAGGCAGUGAAUGCUAAACUUAGAGAGCAUUACCCUGACAGCGAGGAGCUCUUUAAGGUGAUACUCAUCCAUGACGACUCAGCAGAUGCACCCAUGGAUACUAUCAGGGAACAAGGUCUGGAGGAACUCAUCACUAUCGUACCUGUGAAAGAAAAGAAUCUUGUUGAUGAAUUACAGAAAAAUAAUACCCACCUGUACCUGUGUACUGAACCAGGAUGGAAGGCUCAAGAAGCAGCAAACAAAGGUAUAGCAACUGGUAUCGUGUCCAUCCCAGAGAACAUGAGGAUGCCGAUGGAUCAGCUGCGUUUUGCCUUUGAUGGUGAUGCUGUCCUCUUCUUUAAUGAGUCAGAACGUAUUUUCCAGCAGGAUGGAGUAGAAGGAUACUUGAGGAACGAGAAGGAAAAUGUUGAAGUUCCAAUGGGACCGGGACCAUUCAAAAGAUUCUUGGAGGUGUUAGUGAGGCUGCAGAGGAAGUUGUAUGAUAAAGGCAUGUACCUUAACUGUCCCAUUCGCACCUACCUGGUGACAGCUCGUGACGCAGGAUUUGCCGGGUACAGAGCCUUAAACACUCUGCACAUGUGGGGCGUUGAGAUUGAUGAAGCUGUAUUUCUUGGGGGGCCAAACAAAGGUCCCACUCUGGAGAAGAUCAGCCCCCACAUCUUCUUUGACGACCGGCUGCGUCACAUUAAAGCUGCACUGGCGGUCGGCACAGUGUCAUGCAAGGCGCUCUAUCACUCUGAGUGACCAAAAGGCAAUUCAUUCUGUGAGCCAGCUCCUGAAAUGUUAUAGUGGAUAGAAAAAUGAGAACUAGAACACCAUGUCACAUAAAUAAAGACUACACUGACAAGACCACACCUUGGUUGGUACAAAGAAGUUCAUUUGACCAUGUUAGGUGGAGGGGUAGGUAGGGGAUGGGAUGAAGUAAUCCCAUGUUCCCAAUCCCAGUGCUAUCAAAACUAUUAACAACUGCAAACUAUUUAUACAGUAUAUGGCACAAAAUGUCAAAAAAUAUAAGCAUAGUAUCAUUAGUCGUGUAUUAAAUCACCGUAAUAACACGUAUAUGGAAUUUAGCGACAUGGCACAUGGCAUUCUAUGGACAAAUGCACACAAGAUUAAAUGAACUAUCAUUGAAUAAAUGACUUUCAAUCUAA